GUUAUCAAUUAAACCAUAAUGCCAACAGUUCACAUUGUAUUCCUGCUGCUGCUCAGUGCAGCUGUUAACGGUGCCACAGCCCAGCCACAAGGUCGUCUACUGGAAGGAAAGGGUGCUGAGGUCGGUUCUCAUCCGUACAGUGUUUCGGUGCAACGGAAUGGCGCCCAUGUCUGUGGUGGUGCCCUGAUCAGUGCUAAGGUGUGCCUGACUGCCGCACAUUGUGUAACCACUGGCGGUAUUGAAAGCUAUCCGGCUCGCACUUUUCUUGUACGAGCGGGCAGUAUUCAGCGUCUGGCUGGUGGCCAACUAGCGCAGGUCGAUCACAUUAAGGUGCACAAAGGCUAUGCGAAUGGAUUGAAUAAUGUGGCGUUGAUGGUAUUGCAGCAGCCGCUAACACUUAAUGCCAAUACACAGCCCAUUGCACUGGCCUCUGAAGUACCGCCGUCCGAUGCCGAGAUCAUCUACACGGGAUGGGGAGCCGUAAGCAAUCAGGGUGCUUCCAGUCAACGAAUGCUUGUGGGCAGCCGGAAGGCGAUCAGUGCAGCUGACUGUCAAAAACAACUCUAUGUAGAUCACGAGGGACUCCUAUGUCUGGUAUCAGCAUCAGAAACGAUAGCAAAUGGUAUCUGUCAUAAUGAUGCUGGUGCUCCGGCUGUCUACAAGAAUGAGCUAGUCGGCAUAGGCAGCUUCUUUGUAGAUGUCUGCGGCAGUUUGAAGCCGAAUGGUUUUAUGAGUAUUCCUUAUUAUAGAGGCUGGAUCAUUGAGAAUAUGUAAUCAAGCUCUUGAAUAAAGCAUAACUCUGUAGGCCUUAUAUGUAGUAGCUUACUUUACCCAAAAUGUAAAA